GAUAAACAUCAAAUUUUCACUUUUUGGGUGAACUAUCCUUUAAGACAUGGCGUGAACGCAGCAUUAUUAAUGGCUUUUCACAUGAGUCACAAUAAUCUAAUUUUCUCAGUCGGCAUGAAAUGGAAUUUGCGAUAGUCUUUUCUUCCCUAUUGUGAUGUAUAUACAAGGUAAACAGCUUCUCGAACAAGAAAAAAUGUAGGGUGGGAUUUUGUUUUGUCCACUGAUUUAAUCAUAGUGGUUUGCUGUGACAGGUCCCGCCCUCGCGAAAGUAAACACGUCAUCAGAGAAGACAAGAGAUGUCGCUGCAUGAGGAAAGGGAAGUUAUUUUGAUUAAAGAUUACGAGGACACAUGAAUUAAAAUGGAACAAUAAUAAUAAAAUAAUGAUGUGCACGGAUAAAUCAUUUAUAAUAAACAAUGCAAUAUUCCAAGAUUCAUUCCCUUCGAACGAAACUGUACUUUAUAACGUCUACCGUCUAUAAAAAGCCCAAAUGAAUGAAUUCAUUUAUGAAGGCGCUGUAGAAACGUCAUGUGCUCGCAUCCUGUGAUUCAGAACGGAUGCUCGCUUGUCAGUGGGUCAUUGUGGAGUGGAUAAAGGUGGCAUCUGCGCGCGCGCGUACACACACAAAUACCCCAGCCCUUAUGACAGACACACUCGGUCUCCCUCCCUCAUGCACACACACACACACACACACACAUACACAGCCACUGUAAAGGGUUCUAAUUCAGCAUGCCUGCUGCUGGAUGCUCCUAGACCGAGACACAUCCGCCUCACCAUCGGGUUUGACUGCCUCAGAAAGGGAUUUCGGUAUCUUAUUCAUAGCUCCUCAUGGCUUCAUCGGAUGGAAUAGACAAAUGUCUUCUGCACAGAGGCAGAUCUCAAAGUGACCCGAACAUCCUCAGCGAGUCCGGCAUUGAUCUCUCGCACAGCGCAGGAGCACAGGGAAGACCGAUGGAGCUAAGAAAGAUAUGCCAGCUGUAAGAGAGCGAGAUAGAGAGAGGGAGUAAUCGAAUGUGAUGGAGCAGCAGAAAGUGCUGCGCUCCAGCUGUUUAGUGAGUGGAGUCCACACCCCUCCCAUCCGGCGCCACAGCAAGCUGGCCACACUGGGGCGCAUUUUCAGGCCGUGGAAAUGGAGGAAAAAGAAAAACGAGAAGCUGAAGCAGAGCUCUACAGAUGUGGCCUUGGCCUGUGGACUUCAUUCUCCAGACCCCAGCUCUCCCAUCCAGGGCAUCUCCGAUGCUGAUAUCCGGCUGCCUGGCUCUCAGGGGCCCAUUCUCAGCAUCAGUAGCAUGGAGUACCUCAGCUCAGAGCAAGACAAUCUCCCUACCAUGGUAGAUUCUGUACAGGACAACGAGACAAUGGAAGAGACAAAUUCAAAUGAGGAAGAGGAGGAAGAUGAGGAGGCGGUUCCCUCUGUAAAUGAGAAUGAAGAUGUUGAGGAAGAUGAAGAAGACGGAGAGGAAGAUGAGGAAGAUGAACCGCAGGAACAGUCUUCUCCAAGCAGUCAUGGCAAUCUCGUUUCUCAGUUAAGCACGGAGGAAGACCCAGGUAAAGUCGUCGUCGCAUCAGUGCCUCAGUCAAACUCUUUUCUCCAGAAAGAACUGUCUAGAAUCUCUGACGGCCCCAGUCCUGUGGUUUUAAGAGGGCAUUUUACUAAUCCUGUGGGGUCGCCGCAUAUAGGUAGCAUACAUCCGCCGCUGCCCCCUAGCUGUAUAAUAGAAGAACUGCACCGAGCACUGGCAACAAAGCUCAGGCAGGAAAGCAUUGAGCGGGAGCCAAGUGGAGAUGGUGAGAACAGAAAGGAAGCUGAGGAAAACAAGGAAAACGUUCGACAAGACCACUGCUUCACUGACGCUUCAGGAAUUAUCUACGACAUUGAUGGCUGGAACGAGUCUGUCAUUUCUGGCACAUUGCCAAGGAGGAUGAGGAAGGAGCUGCUGGCCGUGAAGCUUCGGAAUCGUCCCAGCAAACAGGAGCUGGAAGACAGGAACAUUUUUCCUGCGCGGAGUGACCAGGAGAGACAGGAGAUCCGUCAACAGAUCGAAAUGAAACUUGCCAAGAGACUCAGUCAGCGGCCGGCCGUUGAAGAGCUCGAGAGCAGAAAUAUUUUAAAACAGAGGAACGAUCAGACGGAGCAAGAGGAAAGAAGAGAGAUCAAACAGAGACUGAACAGAAAGCUCAACCAGAGGCCAACAGUUGAUGAACUAAGAGAAAGAAAGAUUCUCAUCCGCUUCAGUGACUAUGUGGAAGUAGCCAAAGCCCAGGAUUAUGACAGAAGAGCUGACAAACCCUGGACAAGACUGUCUGCUGCUGACAAGGCGGCCAUCCGCAAAGAGUUGAAUGAGUUCAAAAGCACUGAAAUGGAGGUCCAUGCUUCAAGCAAGCACCUAACAAGGUUUCACAGGCCCUAAGAGGGAGUUUUCUUCUGUGAAGGAAAUGCUGAAAGUGGCGUUCAUGUUAAAAUCCUGGAGGUGCCUCUUCCAGAGCCGUGGCUUCGUCCAUGGGAUUCCCUUAUUCUUCCAGCGCCCUGGGCCGAGUGGUGUUUGGGGGCGGUUAGCGCUGGAGGCCGCGUCUCCACCACGGGCGGCCACGGGGACAAACCUGAAGAACAUCUGCGGAUACAUUUAACCUGAGGCUGAUGGAGUGGAGCGGCAGAGGACUUUUUGAUGUUUUUAAGCUGGACUACAUUUCAAUGACUGCUAAGGAAAGAUGAAUCAGUUCUGGGUAAAUGUUUGUGUACAUGUAACCAGCUCCACUCGAAAAAUAAGUAAAAAAAAAAAAAAAAAAAAAAAAAAAAGAAGAAAGAAAGAAAAAAAUCUUGAGGGUUAAUAAGCCUGCUAUAAAUGAAUUUCAUAUUUACUGUACAGAGUCAGUUUGAACAGGGUUGUUCAUGUGAUCACUUGAAGAAAAAAAACAACAAAAAAAAACUUUGUAAGCACUACUUGUCUUCAAAAUACAAUUUUGGAAAUA